AUGUCUAUCCUGAAGGUGCACGCCAGAGAGAUCUUCGACUCCCGCGGGAACCCCACUGUUGAGGUGGAUCUGUACACCGCAAAGGGUCUCUUCAGAGCUGCUGUGCCCAGUGGUGCCUCAACUGGUAUCUACGAGGCUCUAGAGCUUCGGGACAAUGACAAGACGCGCUAUCUGGGAAAGGGUGUCUCCAAGGCUGUUGAGCACAUCAAUAAAACUAUUGCGCCUGCCCUGGUUAGCAAGAAGCUGAACGUCGUGGAGCAGGAGAAGAUCGACAAGCUGAUGAUAGAGAUGGACGGGACGGAGAAUAAAUCUAAAUUCGGUGCCAACGCCAUUCUGGGAGUGUCCCUGGCAGUCUGCAAGGCUGGGGCUGUUGAGAAGGGGGUGCCCCUGUACCGCCACAUUGCUGACCUUGCUGGCAACUCCGAGGUCAUCCUGCCCGUUCCGGCUUUGAACGUCAUCAAUGGGGGUUCUCACGCCGGCAACAAGCUGGCCAUGCAGGAGUUCAUGAUCCUCCCCGUUGGCGCCGCCAACUUCCGGGACGCCAUGCGCAUCGGGGCCGAGGUCUACCACAACCUGAAGAACGUCAUCAAGGAGAAGUACGGGAAAGACGCCACCAACGUGGGGGAUGAAGGUGGCUUUGCUCCCAACAUCCUGGAGAAUAAGGAAGCCCUGGAGCUGCUGAAGAACGCCAUCGGGAAAGCCGGCUACACCGACAAGGUGGUCAUCGGCAUGGACGUGGCUGCCUCCGAGUUCUUCAAGUCUGGGAAGUACGACCUGGACUUCAAGUCGCCCGACGACCCCAACCGGUACAUCACCCAUGACGAGCUGGCCAACCUGUACAAGUCCUUCAUCAAGGACUACCCACUGGUGUCAAUCGAAGACCCCUUCGACCAGGACGACUGGGAAGCGUGGCGCAAGUUCACGGCCAGCACAGAGAUCCAGGUGGUGGGGGAUGACCUCACAGUGACCAACCCAAAGCGGAUCGCCAAGGCCGUGAGCGAGAAGUCGUGCAACUGCCUCCUGCUCAAAGUGAACCAGAUCGGCUCCGUGACCGAGUCUAUCCAGGCGUGCAAGAUGGCCCAGUCCAAUGGGUGGGGUGUCAUGGUGUCCCAUCGCUCCGGGGAGACCGAAGACACUUUCAUUGCCGACCUGGUGGUGGGGCUCUGCACUGGGCAGAUCAAGACUGGUGCUCCCUGCCGAUCUGAGCGCUUGGCCAAGUACAACCAGAUCCUUAGAAUCGAGGAGGAGCUGGGCAGCAAGGCCAAGUUUGCCGGCAGGAACUUCAGAAACCCCCUGGCCAAGUAA